AUGAUCCCAGGCAACGGAUGGCGUGCUCUGGCUCUAUCCCUGGCUAUUGUCCCUGGGGCAGUGGCAGAUAUAUGCAAGACGCUCGAGGCCGGCGGCAUUGACAUCGAACGCCGCCUUUCGUUGGCCUAUCAGGCCGAUCAAAGGGAAUACUGGUCCACUGCAUGCGGUGAUCUCAAGCCAACAUGCAUUGCAGCCCCCUCCAGUGCCGCGGAGAUGGCGCAGGUCAUCAAGAACCUGCAUGAUGUGGAUACUCUCUUCGCCAUCAAGAGCGGAGGACAUAAUCCCAACAACGGAUUUUCUAGUAUCCAGGACGGAUUGCUGGUCUCGACUAAAAAUCUGGACCAGGUUGAUUAUAACCCCAAGGAUCAGACUGCUAUCAUUGGCCCGGGCCUUUCAUGGGAAGAGGUCCUGGAAGGCCUGGAAGGCACUGGGCGGACUGUUGUUGGAGGUCGAAUUGGAGAAGUCGGAGUUGGUGGAUUUAUGCUCGGAGCCGGUAUGAGUUUUCUGAGCACCCAGUACGGCUGGGCUGCGAACAAUGUCUUGGACUUCGAAGUCGUCCUUGCCAACGGUACCAUUGUCCACGCAACCGAAAAGCAAAACCAAGACCUUUUCCUUAGCUUGAAGGGAGGCGGCAACAACUUUGGAGUUGUUACUGCAUACACCGUGCAGACGCAUCCUCAAGACCACAAAGUCUGGGGUGGCACCUAUUCAUUCACACACGACAAGACCUCCGAGGUUCUCGAGGCAGUGCGUCACUUCACUGACGAGUACCCUGAUGACAAGGCGGCAAUCAUCGCGACGUUUGAGCGCAGUCUCAUUCUUGAUUUCUGUCUGUUGUUCGUCUUCUACGACGGCCCCGAGCCUCCCGCUGGAGUCUUCGACCGGUUCACUGCUAUUAAGCACACCUCAAGCGUCAAGACUUGGGAUACCUAUUACGACUUGGUCAAGCACAACGACUUCUUUAGUCUGAAGGGACAACGAUACAACAUCGCCACCGAGACCACACCCCUUCCCAACAGUACCGUAGGAGCAGGCCCGCUCCAGGACUACUAUGACUAUUUCCACGACGUCACAAAGUCCGUACUAGGAGUCACCGGCGCACUUGGUACAAUUGCCUUCCAACCCAUGCCCAAGGCAUUCUCUCAAAAGGCCAAAGACCGCGGUGGUGAUCUCCUUGACAUUCCCUCCGAUCAAGCAUACAUUAUCAUGGAGCUCGACUACUCCUACGCUUUCGCCAUCGAUGACACCAAGAUGGACGCAGCCACCGUUGAACUCUACCAGGGAAUCGGCAAUUUGGUCCAGAAGAACAUUGACGAUGAUCUUCUUCCCGAUGUGUAUCGACCAUUGUUCAUGAAUGACGCAUACCAUCGCCAGGAUUACUGGGGUCGUAUCAGCCCCGAGUCCAAGGCGCUUGCUCUGAAGACAAGAAAGGCGUAUGAUCCCGAAGGGUUCUUCCAGCAGCGGACAAGUGGAGGUUGGAGACUGAAGGACUAG